CACGCACGGCAACUUGCGUGCAAAACCACAUGCUUCUUCCCGCUCACCACCGUCAACACGUGAAUAACCCGAACCGUCAUCGCCGCCACCUCGACCCCGGCCGGCGAGAUCGAUGAUGACUCCGACUCCAAGCAGCGUCAUCCAGGCCAAGCUGGUGCUGCUGGGGGACCUGGGCGCCGGGAAGACGAGCAUCGUCGUCCGGUUCGCCAAGGGGCUCUACUACGAGUGCCAGGAGUCCACCAUCGGCGCGGCCUUCUUCUCGCAGGCGCUGCCCGUCAGCGGCGGCGGCGAGGACGCCACCGUCAGGUUCGACAUCUGGGACACCGCCGGCCAGGAGCGCUACCACAGCCUCGCCCCCAUGUACUACCGCGGGGCCGCCGCCGCCGUCGUCGUCUACGACAUCACCAGCAUGGAUUCGUACAUCCGGGCAAAGAGGUGGGUGGACGAGCUUCAGAGACAAGGGAACCCACAUCUGGUGAUGGCGUUAGUGGGCAACAAGGUCGAUCUGGAAAAAAAGAGGAAGGUUGGCACACAGGAGGCGCUGGAGUACGCGGAGCGGAACGGCCUCUUCUUCCUGGAGACGUCGGCCAAGACGGCGCAGAACGUCGGCGAGCUCUUCUACGAGCUAGCCGAGAGACUGGUGAAGGUGCGGCCGAACCAUCCGGCCGGGAUGGUCCUGCACGACGGCCAGCGCGGCGUCGGGGGGCGGUGGUUCUGCUGCUCCGGGUGAUCGACGAUGCCGCUGCGUGUCGCGCGCCGGCGGCGGUAGGGGAAGGUGUGGUGUGAGUAGGAUUCUGCAUCGUGCAUAUGCCGCUCUCUCUGUACGUGUAAGGACUCGACUGUACUUGUUGGGCGUGUGUUGUGAACUGGUAAUGGUAUGACAUCUGGUUUAA